GUUACAAUGAAUCCAAAUAACCGAAAGUACGGUCUUGAUGUCCAAAAAAAAGAACUAUCAGCCCCAAAAUCCGGGAACGUUUUUGGAGAUGAAGAUUCCGAUGACGAAGCAAGCGGAGCAAAUUGGGUUGGAAAAACGAUAAAAGCAGAAGCUGAGAAAAAUCGUAGUAAAAAACAGACUAAAUUAAAUGUCCAAAGAGCGCUGGAGGUUGACCCGACGAUUUUUCAGUACGAUGAAAUUUACGACGACAUGUCAUCGUCUAAAAAAGUUAAAGAAGUGAGUGCUAAGAAGCAAGACUUGAAGCCCAAGUAUAUUCACAAUUUAAAAGAAGCUGCUGAAAAAAGAAAAAGAGAAAACGAGUGCAGAAUCGAGAGGAAGGUGCAAAAGGAACGUGAAGCUGAGGGAGAUAUGUACAAAGACAAAGAAGUUUUUGUUACAGAAACUCAUCGUCGGAAUUUAGAGAAGAUGAUGCAGUUAAAUGAAGACGAAGAAAGGAUAGAUAGGUUGGAAGCUAUCGCAGACGUUACUAAACAGCCUGACAUAUCUGGAUUUUACCGUCACUUAUAUUCCCAGACUAUUGAUAAGAAACCAAUAAAAGAAGAAAAAGACACCUCUGCUGAAGAACAAGCUAAUACUUAUGAGCCGGCUGUAAAUAUUGACAGAGACGAAGAUCUCUCUGUUGACUCAGACUCUUCUGAACGCUCUCAGUCUAAUUCAGAGUCGGGUUCUGAAAAAAGUGCUGGCAGUAAGAAACUAGAGCCGAAGAAAAGCUUCGCUAAGCGCAAGCGACAGUACAGGAGCAGGAAUGUUGAGGAAUCUGAGGAUGAAAGUGAGGCCAAGAGUAAAGUCAAGAAGUCUGAGAAGAAAAAACUUAGAGCUGAAGCUGAGGAUCAAACUGAUGCUGAAGAUGAAGCUGAAGCUGAAUCUCAGAUUGAAGAAAAAAAAGAUGUUGAGAAAGAUUCUGUUGAAGAAAAGGGAACGGAUGAUCCCAAAAAGGAUCAAGUUGAAAAAUCUGAAGUUAAAGUUGAAGAGGAGAAAAUUGUUGAGGUUGUUAAAGAAGAAAAACCUAAAGUUUCUAUUUGGGAAAAGAGGACGGUUGGAGAUGUCUUUGAUGCUGCUUUGCAGAGAUAUUACACGCGCAAAGCACUUCGUAUGUCUAGUUAA